AUGGCCGACGGAACAAAUGAGUCUAAGAGACCCAACUCCCUCAAGAACACAAAGACACCUGAACCGCGACCUGACCAGCAAACGACAACCGGUCAGGGCAACGAUACGCCCAGCACGCCUGGCCCGUUUCCGUCUUUCGACUGGGAGGAAUUUGAGGCCCGAUAUGAGAAGGCCCUUGCCGAUGCAGACGAAAGGGAACGAGAGCUCUUACAAGAGUUUGAUAGCCUGGUCAAGUAUUUCAACGUUUGGGCAUCCACUUCUAGCGCCCAUGACAACCAACGCGCAGUCAAACGCCUUCGUACAAGACAGAGAUACGUCAAAAUGGCAGAGCAAAACAUGGCCGAGAAGCAAGAGCACAUGACCGAGGUUCUUCGCGCAUUUCAGAGUGCGCUUGCUCUGUUAAGCCGGUCAUGA